AACUUUUUUUUAUCAUCGCAUGUCAGAUUGUUCCAAAAAAUAUUAUUUUCUUAAUCCACAGCCAAUAAACAGAAAAAUUCAGUCCUGGCCAAAGAAAAACCUCUAUAAACCCAGAGUUUUUGUGUUGCAGGACAUUGUCCAUAGAUAAAGCCUAACUCCAUGUGAAGCGAUUCGGUUCUAGGGUAAACGGAAACACGACCACCUUACAAAUGGCCAGUGGAAGCAACAACGCAUUGUAUCUGCGUCAGCAAUUCUCAGCUCUACUGGGCAACACAUCCCCAUCGAUUAAGUUUAUCUGUAUCUCGACGCUGAUCGGAUAUGGGCUGUCGUUUGCUGAUCGGGCCGUGACGAUACUCAGCGUUACGCCCGGAUAUCUGAUGCCGCCGACGUUUUGGAUCUGGACCAUCUUUACGUUCUGUUUCAUCGAGCUACACUUCUGGGAAGUGAUGGUCGAUCUGAUUACUGUCGGGCUAUGUGGGAAGCUAAUUGAACCAUCCUGGGGACAGAUGGAGAUGCUGCAGUACUUUGCCAUUACCAACACCGGUGUGGCUAUUCUGACCAGUUUCUAUUACCUGUUCUAUUCGAUGAUUACCAAAGACACAGAACUGCUGUUUAACGUACACAUCCAUGGGCUGGCGGGAAUGAAUGCUGCCGUCAGUGUCGCUGUGACACAAAUUAUGCCUGAUCAUUUGAUUGCACGAACUCCACUUGGUAAAUUUUCAAAUAGAAACGUACCUCUCACAGUUGUAAUCGCAUCUAUUAUUAUGUGGGCCUGUGGCCUAUUGGAUGGCACCUAUCCGGCCAUGUUCGCUUCGGGCAUGUACGUAUCGUGGGUUUACUUGCGUUUUUACCAGCGUCACUCGAACGGCACUCGGGGUGAUAGUGCUGAAAACUUUCGCUUUGCAAGUUUUUUCCCUAACGUUCUUCAGCCAUUUGUCAAUCUGGUUGCAAACCCGGUGUACCAAGGUUGCUUGCGGAUCGGGAUGGUUAAAAGGCUCUCACCUGCACAAAGCAGUGCUUCCUCGUUACAGUCAGUAAGCGUUCAUUCACUGGUCGGGGUCGACCCUCACGAUAUGGAACGGAGAAGACAAAUCGCCCUGAAAGCUCUCAGUGAACGGUUAUCUAAGACAACUGAUUCUAGUCGUCAGAAUACGUUACCUAAAUCAUUUCCACAAACCGGUCGACAUCAUCACGGGCAUCACCAUGGUCAUCACCAUCAUCAUCACAGUGGAGGAUUUGGGGGUGGUGGUCCACUACCUUUUCCGAUGACAAUGGACCGUCCGGCAAUUCCGCUUCCUCCUCCGCCGUCCAAAUCUUCCCUGAAGGCUCCACCUUCCGUGGCUUCAAAAAGCGUUUCCCAGGAUUCGGCAAAUACGAACGCAGCGACUAGCACAAGCAGUACCGAUUUGAUAAGUUUGGAUCCUCCUGGUCAACAGUCAUUAAAUACUUCAAUCACGACGACAACAACGAGUAACCCUUGAAUUUCUGCCAUUGGCCGUGGAUCGGCUAAGCUUUGAUUGACGAACCAGAGGAUAUAGCCAUUUCUAUAGCAGAUCUGGGUUUUGUUAAUUGUGGGGGGCGAGAAUUUCAGCAUCGGGACGGAAACUUAGCCAAGCAUUUGUAAGUGUAAAAUGCAUAACUAUUUAAAUGAAACAAAAAAAAAAAACUUACAGAGACGCAGUUUGAAGGGAAAUGCAAAAUUUUUGAAAUGUAGAUGGAAACAAAUGCUUUAACAAAUAACAAAUUUACUAUUAGGGUAUGCGCUCUCCCCUUUCUGUUUUCAUUUUUGUAGUUUUAAUUGUGAUGAUAAGGUAACUGAAGCAAGUGGAAAAUGAAAAUGUAAAUUAUGAAUACUGCAUUGUAGGAUGCAUUAUUGAAUAGUUCUAAUAAAUCGUACCUAUGGAGUUAA